UUGUAGAUUCCGGUUUCUCACUGCAUUCAUUCUGCUGUUGUCCGUACGUCAGUCAACCGGUUAUUGUCUGUCACACAAAACCUGCAAAAUAAACAAUUAAAAGCAUUGAACACAAAAAAAGUUUUGUGUUUGCUGUUUCUGAUUCGUUGCUGAUAACGAUCAUUCGCGUUGGUAGAAGGGGUAACGUGGAAUACCAAGUGCCGGCAUUUAGAAUAGCCUCCAAUCCCAUCACCAUUCUUCCAGUGGGACGCAUCCCCCUUGAAGUGUAAUAAAGUGCUGUUCCAUCAUUCGUGUAAACCACGUGCUAUUUAGUGUGCAGUCAUUAACAACAGGCAUAAUUACUAGCAGAAAGUGUUAAAUAAAGCAACAAAAUGGUGUGUGCUUCGAAAUUGAAAGAUCUGGCAUUAAAGCUGUUCGAAAUCAAUGCAUUCAAGUUUGGUGACUUCAAAAUGAAGGUGGGCAUCAACUCGCCGGUAUACUUCGAUUUGCGGGUAAUCGUAAGCCACCCGGAUGUGAUGGACACUCUAGCGGAUUUGUUGCAGGAGUUCAUUGUGGAUAGCAAGCUGAACUCCUCUGGGACACAUUUGUGUGGCGUACCCUACACAGCACUACCGGUGGCAACGCUUAUUUCAAUUAAGGCCAAUAAACCGAUGCUGAUACGUCGUAAGGAGGCAAAAAAAUAUGGCACCAAAAAGUUGAUCGAGGGCAAAUUCAAUGCUGGUGACAAGUGUCUCAUCAUUGAAGAUGUGGUGACGUCCGGGUCGAGCAUCUUGGAAACCGUCGAAGAUCUCCGUUCGGAGGGAUUGAUCGUAACCGAUGCGAUUGUGGUGGUCGAUCGUGAACAGGGUGGUGCACAGAACACGGAAGAGCGUGGCGUCCGUAUGCACUCGCUGUACACGCUGUCCUAUCUGCUGCAAACCAUGCUGGAAGCGAAACGUAUCGAGGAGAGUACGGUGAAGGCGGUCGCCAAGUAUAUCGAGGCGUGCCAAAUCCGUAGUGAUGGUUCGUUCAUCAAGAAUGGUACUACGGUUGUGAACGAUCUGAGCCGCACUAGGAUGAGCUUCGAGGCACGGACAGAUCUGGCCAAGUGUCCCCUAGCGAAGGAGCUAUUUAAGCUGAUGGCAACGAAAAAAACCAUGCUCUGUCUAGCAGCGGAUCUGACCAGCAGUGAGGAAAUUCUUAACCUUGCUGAUGCGGUCGGCCCGUACAUAUGUGUGCUGAAAACCCACUGUGACAUUAUAGCGGACUUUAGCGAGCAGUUCGUACGAUCGUUGCAGUCGCUCGCACGGCAGCACAACUUUCUGCUAAUGGAGGAUCGCAAAUUUGCUGACAUUGGUAAUACGGUCGCACAGCAGUACGUUGGCGGGCUGUACCGAAUCGCUGACUGGGCCGAUUUGGUUACCGUACACGCAUUGCCGGGCCAAGGCAUACUGAAGGGUUUGAAGUCGGCUAUCAAUGCGGAUCGACCGCUUGCAUCGCGCGCUGUCUUUCUGCUUGCCGAAAUGAGUACCGACGGUGCACUGACGGACGAAAAGUAUUCGACGGCAACGGUUAAGAUGGCCACCGAGAUGGAUACCGAUUUUGUGGCAGGUAUCGUUUGUCAAAGUAAGGAUCUGGUUGCAUCGCCCGGUUUGCUACAGCUUACGCCGGGUGUUAAACUGCAGGAAGGUGUUGAUGGACUCGGUCAACUGUACGAUAGCCCGGAACGGGUGGUCAAGGAACGCGGUGCUGAUGUGUGCGUCGUUGGGCGUGGGAUUAUAUCGUCGAAAACGCCCUCGGAAACUGCCCGAAUCUAUCGCGAUCGAUUGUGGGAGGCUUACCAGGAGCGGAUUGGGGUGGAAAAGAAUGGUGCCGCGAAUUGACGAUUUACUAAAAUCGGGCCAAUACGGUCGAAACAUUCAACUGAUAUCCUGAAGAGUUUUACAAUAGCAAUAGUGAUGAAGAUUAUAAGUACAUCCCGGAUACAACCACUUACGAAAAGACAACGAAGAUCGAUUUAUCAUUUGAAACCCAUUGUGAUAUGUUUGAAAUAUUUCUUUAUUGAACAAAAUACACCAUGCCUUUAUUAUGUACAGAAAAUCAA